AACAGUCGAGGCGGUAGUAAGUAUUGUGUCGCCGCACCACGCUAGGUGGAACCGUACGUUCAAGUCGCUUUGUGGUCCGUGAGUGUAGUUCGAGUGGCCCAUCUGCUCCUGUACACGCUGUGAGCCACGCGUUACAACAUUUCACGGAACUUACUACGCCAGGAGCGAACGUGUGAUAAUGCCUUAUCUGAGACACAGCUGGUUUUAAACAGAAGAAACUGGUUUUGAGGCUUCCGCCCUGUGACACCUGUUCUGUGGAAUGUGAGCCGAUCCUUACAAUAGAGGUUACCAUUGAGAGCUACCAGUGAGGAUGUCUUCGAUGGUAAACAACACUCUGCCUCGGGCAGGCCCCAUCACCAAUGGCUUGGUGAACCACAAGUCUGGAGAUGACUGGGGGAACGUGUCACUGAGGAGGAAGAGUAAGUACAUGCCGUGCGACUGCUGUCCGUAUGGUUACCAUAUUGACCUGGACUUCGUGCGGUUCUGCGAGACCUUGGCGCAGGGAGGUUCGGGGGACACCGCUAGCAAGCAGCGGCGGAAGGAGAGACGACGUCAACGGAAGUCCAUGGAAGUGCUCCUGGGCCUGAACAGCCCUCCAACAUGGAGCUCGGACCGAGAUGUUCCUCAGUUCUUCAAUGAACCACUGAAGGAAGGAGAAAUAUUCAAGUAUGAUGAGGAAAACGGACGUGGUUACAGUCCAGUGCGGGAUGAACUCCAAAAGGCAGUUCUGGAUUUCGAAGACACCCUGCAACGGUCCAGAUGCUCGACUCUUAGAAAACACCAAGAUGUGGCAGACCUGGCGAAUUCCCCACUGCAAAGUUCAGAGCUUCAGGAUCUGGAGAAUGGCAACAAUGCUUCAGGUCUCGGAGCGGGUGCACUCCAGAACAUACGGGAACAGAUGGCUCAGAGUCUGGAGAGGAUGAAGGAACUAGAGGAACAAGUGAAGGUCAUUCCUGUAUUACAGGUUCAGCUGUCAGUGUUGAAAGAUGAAAAGCGGAGAUUAUUAGAAUCACUUAGACUGAGCCAAACCCGACAAGACUAUGCUAUAGAGAAAAUCACCAAUAACACAACCAACAAUAAUAAAUACUACACUCUUCCUCUAGCAUCAGAUGUCAAAAUGAAAUCAUCGUACGUGGAGGAGGUGGCAGUAACGAAGAAGGCUUCGAUGCGAGAUGUGAGCCUGUCCUGUGUGGCCAUGACACGUGAUGUCGGGGUGAGUCACUCCGAGCCCCCGGUCGUCACCUGUGAUGUAGGGGUCAACUAUAACUGCCCCCGUGUUCCCACCAGAGACGUCGGCACUAGUCAUGUCACUCUGCCUGUCUCGACCAGAGAUGUGGGAGUGUGCCACACCGAUCUCCCGGAGUCCUUCAGUAAAAACGUACCAUCACAACAAGUUCCUAAAGAAAUGGUGUCAUUGAAAACGAUCAUUACGAAACCUCAGGUUAGAGAUAAUAGUAUGGUUACGGAUUUACUACACAACCAGGUAUAUUCAGACAUAGAACUGGACAAAAAUAUUAACAAAGCUAUCAAAAUGUUUGAAAAGACUUUCCUACACAAACUGCAACGUAAUAAAAUAGACAACGCUGUAAGUAUCGGUGUUCAAACUUUGGUCCCAAGUGAAACGUUAAAAAUUACUGAAAAAAGUGAUAAAGGUGUCCAAGUUGUCAAAGAAAAGCAGAUGAGAGACUUCGGAAUCAAUCACGUACCCAGGACCAGCGACGUACAGGUUUCCUUCCGCCCAGAAACGAGAGACAUCGGUGUAUCCGACGACACCACGGAGAUUCAGUGUGAGAAAUGUAUCAGUGAAGCGAAAACCUUAGUUAAUAUUAACGACAACUAUAAACAGUUGUCGCUGGCAUCACUGAAUGUUGUCAGAAGCAAAUCGUUCGACUACAGCGACAGAUCUCCGUUAAGGAAACCCAGAACUCGUUCCGUAGCGUGUGGACCAUUGCUCAGAAUAACGGGCACAAAGUCAUGUGACACGUCGGACUUGAUGGGGCGAAGCAAGGAUGUCGGUGUGAAUACUGUGAAGAGAAAAUUGGUGGAUGCGGCUGUAGGAGAGUCUUCACAGAAACCGUCUAGUGUCAACGUUUGUGACAAGUGCUCCAAUACAAUAACGAAUUUUGCGAAAGAUAUUCUCAAUCAGUCACGAGAACAUUUAGUACCAGCUACGUUAGUAUCAAGGAUUCCCAGGCCUACCACCCUACCUCAGCUGAAUAGCCCGGACAAGCCCAAGCUCACAAGACAAGACACGUACACCAAAACCUUCGCAGUGCCUUUAACGCAGACGUCACCUGCAGAUCCACCAACUCGGGUUAAAGACAGAACAUCGACAAAAUCUUAUCAAACAAAAAGAAGCGGAAGCAGCUCUGACGAUGGUUCAGAUGAUGGCAUCUUGGAUGAAUCUGGCUUAGUCAACGAUCAUGGCCUUUACGGGUCACCACUGUUCCAGCCAAUUCAUAAUCAAUCUAGAAAGAAAGCCGAGCCAUCCAAGGAGAUGCGGGCUGCUAUGAAAGUGCUCAACGACGCCUUGCUCAAGUCUCCGAACAGCAACCCCCCUCCCCAGAUGAAGAAUGCCAUCAACAUCAUUCAACAGGAAUGGUUUAAGAUAUCCAGCACGGCCAGUGCAAAUCCCCUGGAUGUGGAAGAUUACCUGGAUUGCCUGGAAGAGAUGUCCGGUCGUCUCCUUGAAUAUGUUGUUAACAUGACAGAUGUCAGCGGAAACACUGCAAUGCAUUAUGCCGUCUCACAUGGAAACUUUGACGUAGUCUCCAUCCUGCUGGACUCCAAAGUGUGCAACAUCAACCAGACAAAUGCGGCUGGAUACACCUGCAUCAUGUUGGUGUCUUUAGCGCAAGUACGGUCCGAAACCCACCGUCAAGUAGUCAGAAGACUCUUUCAGAUGGCAGAUGUCAACAUUAGAGCUAAGCAGCAUGGGCAGACUGCCUUAAUGCUAGCAGUGUCACAUGGACGCUUGGACAUGGUGGAGCUGUUACUGCAGUCGGGUGCCGACAUGAACAUCCAGGACGAGGAUGGCAGCACUGCGCUCAUGUGUGCGGCCGAACACCAUCACAUAGAGAUCGUCAGACUUCUGCUUGCACAACCCGACUGCGAUCUCUCCAUCAGAGACUAUGAUGGCAGCACUGCAUUGAAUAUUGCUAUGGAAGCAGGAAACCGGGAUAUUGGGGUCCUGCUCUAUGCUCAGGAACACUUCUCUCGGGGCUCCUCACCUCACACGUCUCUGAAACAUAGGCGACCCAAGAGUACCACCCCGACACUACGAACUCCGACUUCGCCCCAACCACGCACCAAACAAGACCAUUCAUUUUAGAUUUCUGACGUCAAUUAGUUUUAUGAUUUUCUCACCAACAUAAACAACGUUAAUUAAUAGUACUUAUAAGAUACACAGUGCCUUUUCUCGUCUUCGAGAGUUGCAGAAUAAAACCUACGGAAAUUGAUUUGUAACUUUUCUGCAAAAUUAGUUUGACUUUACUAACAAAGCAUUUCUGAAUGAUGACCCCCUGAAAAGUGCAGCAUGCACACUGGCCAUACAUUUACCGCAGGUUUACUAUUUUUAUUUUGCCUCAUUCAAUCUGUACCUAACUAUCUACUUUGAACCGUGGUUAGGAAAAUAACGUAAAACUGGUGAAAAGAGGAAAAAUUUUAAUAAAACAUUAACAUCAAUUGUGGGAUGGCUGUUUCCUGCCAUCAUUUUUUGAAUUUGUGUGUUACAUUAAUAGCUAUUAUUAUUGUUAUUAUUAUUAUUAGUAACGGUGUGCUUUUAUUAAUGCUGGGGUAUAUUUUAAUAUAAAAUAAUAAAUUUUAAAAACAAUGAUAUCUACUUAGAUUAUGAGGAACAAUUAAAAAUAGAACUACAACACUGGGAUGUUGGAUCCCUAGCAAUUUAAUAAUUUCCUCUUCCUUUGCCAGUUUUAUGAUAAAGUACAAUUAAAAGUCUGAUUGCACUUCCCUGUCACAAAUGGUUUAAGGAUGAAUAAAAUGUAUGAUUUCAAUUAUUGAUCCAAAUGUAGAUGCACCUUUUCAUAUAUUCAACCAUGGUUUUAUUCUUUUGUACAACGAAUUAAAAUGUUUAUAUUUUCAUACUUGUAGUAACUUUACUUUAGUCCUAAAAAAUAAUAUUUUAAUAGUAGCAGCUUCAAGUUUUUGUUUUGGAUGAGUUUCAAGUCAUUUAAUGGACACAUAUUAUGUCUAUAAUUUACUCAUAAGUGGCAAUAAUGCAUGCUUUUUCAGAACAAAGUGAAGUAACAAUUCAACAUGUGUGUUUCUUGUCAAUUUGAACAUUUAGUUUGGUUCAUGUAAUUGCAUAGAGUACAUACGUUAAUAUGCUUGUGCAUAUAACUCAUUAUGAACUUUGAGUGUUUCAAUAUUAGAAGUUAACAGUAAGUUAUAUGACAAUAUGAUAUAAAAAAAGUGCAUGAAAGAACUUAGUGAAAUUAGUUUUACCCUACAGACUACUGUUGGUUUGAAAUGUUAAUUUUUAUCAUUGCAAUUUGUGUUUUUGCAUUAUGUUAUUUAUUUAUUUAGACUAUAAAUUCAACAGCAAAUAACAAGAACAGUGUACAUUCCAUAAUUUGUCAAGCCGUAUGUCUAGUCAUGUACAUUCAGUUCUUAGUCUACAGGUUAAGAGUCAAUACUUAGUUUGGAUAUUUGUCAAAUUAUUCUUCAAUUAAUAUAUUCAAUUUUUCACUGUUUUGAACAACCUCCUUCUGUUUGAACUAAUGUUAUCAUAAUACAAUAUCAAAACCUAAUGUAAUUCCAUUUUAUUUGAAAUACUGUGAUUUUUCUGUAUUAGUUCUGUUUUAAAGUUGUAUUGGAUCUUUUCCAAGUAAAUUUAAUUAAAUUUGUUCUCUCCUACUUGACUUGUAUUUAUCAUCGACCAGAAAUAAACACCUCUGGGAACUGAAAUUUUCUCACAUUCCAACGAUGUAUUCAAGAAAAUAUGAACUGACUGUACAAAACUCUUAACACCACGAUUGGUGAUAUAAUUUUAUCAAAGUCUGACAGACAGUGUAAAGGAUUGUUCGCACGUACAAAUAUAGUUUGAAGAUGUUUAUUGAAGACCCAGCCUGAGCUGUUCUAGGUGUAGGUGCUUGUCUAACUAUCUCAGUUCAUAGCGUGAUUGCUGGCUUCUUUAAACAUAAACGAAGUUGUUAGAUACUUUAGGAAACAUGACACUACAGAGAAAAUAAAACUCAUGUUUGCAUUAUUCAGUUUCUGAGUGUUUUCCUCAAUGUUAACAAUUAUUGGCAAUUAGCUGCUAAGCGAUACAACAACGGAAAUCACCAAGAAACUGACACCGGACAAAUUGUGCAGUAUUUUAGAGUGUACUCUGUUAUACUAUUUUUCUUACUUUGUGUGCAAAGAUGGGAAUAAAGGCAAUCAAUCAAUCAAUAUCCCAAUUCGAUGCAUCGUCUGAUUCCUCUAGAUAAUUAAUAAAUCCAUCAAUAUGUGACCCUCCUCCACUGAUUGGCUUCUUCUGUUCAACAUUGACAUAGCAUUUAUAUAUAAUUUAUGGCCGACCAGUAAGACUAGGAGUUAUCAUAGUCAUGGAGAAAAUAAACACAAUAUUCUUUAACAAAGCUAGCAGUUUUCCUUGUUACUAAGAAAGAUAAACACAAGACUUUUUAACAAUUUGCAAAAUCCAACACCAGGAACAAUUGUAGACAAUGUCAUUACGUUAUUUGAAAUUUUUGUCUCUUUGUUUGUUAACCAGGGCUCUACAAGCUAUAAUAUGAUACAUGACAUAUUAGGCCUGGAUCCAGAUAAACUCCACCGCCUAACUUUCAAAGUGACUCACAUGUACUAUAACUGGAGUGGAACUGUGAGAGUUUCAGCUCCAGUUCAGUAUUCUCACAAGUUGGCCUUCUUGAUCAGCCAAUCCCUACAUCACCCACCUAAACCAAACUUAGAAAAGCUUUUUUGAAAUGUUUGAAAACCCAAGAACAGAUGCCUUUAUUGUAUUUUUGUACUUUUUUACUCUAUAAAUAAAGACGAUUGGAUUGAUUGAUUGAUUGAUCUGGCAGUGUCAUAGUGCAUGCUGCUAUGCCUUUCUAAACGCUCUAAAUUAGUGUUCAAAAAGACAGAUGCAUUCAACUCUCCCACCGACUAUGAGGUACAUAGUGUCAGUUUUCUCUUGAUAACAAAUUUAAAAACUGGUAGAAAUUCAAUUCAUUGUGUUUUGUGCAAGAAGACAUUAUGAGCUAUACUACAGUUAAAAUGAUGCCAAUUGUUUUGUAAAGAACGAACUAUUGUUCACAACAAAAAUCGAAUCGGCUGACUGCCUGUGGUUAACCUGUUGAUUAGUGAGUUUUUUUUUUAGUGCGCAUGGCUCAAAAAGUGAGGUUUUUAACUUUUUUAAUUUUUGGGAUUUUUGAGUAUUUUAAUUUGGUUAAUCAAAUAAAAAAAAAAAUUGUUUUAAUUUUUAAAUUAAUCACUAUAAAUAAAAUAAAUCGCUAUUAAAUUCUUCGUCUUCACUACCCAAAUCCAAAAAGAACUCGCGUAUUUCAUCAUCAUUUAGAUGGCUACAGCCAGCCAUUGGCAACAAAACUAAUUAGGUUUGUAAUAAAUCAGACUAAUCACAUGAGGAAAACAAAAACAUAACCUCUAACACGGGUUUCAAUGUCACGGCAAGAGGUAAUCUACUGGUUCCCGAGAAGCCACUUGUAGGGCUUUGUUACAGAAUGAAACAAAACUGAAUGCUCCUACAAUCUAGCGGAUACUCUGAGAACUACUUGGGCCAGUGAUGUUCCGUAGUACUUAACACAGCUGCUAGAUGUCUAGAAGUAAAUAUCCUUACGAGGUGCAAGUAUUGCGGUGAAACUAACCAGUAAAACUGUUCAAACCGCAACAGUUACAUUGUUACUAACCUAUACCUUGGCGCACUGCGCCGCAGAUGCUGCGGCGCUACUAAUCAACAGGUUAACAAUGAUCUCAUUGAACGAAUCAACCAUUACGUGUAAAAAAAUCGAAGAUUCACAAUUACAGAUUUGUUCAAAAGCAUUUUCUUCAGAUCAAAAAAAGAAAACUCUACUUUACAGAAUUGUGAGCAAAAAACUUAAAUAUCGCAAAUUUUAUGCCCGAAGGAUACCCAAGCUCCUCACUGAUGAACUCAAAACAAAAAGAAUGAGAUAGGCUCUACAGUUUCUUAUUUGGUACCAUGAAAAAGGUGACAAAUUUCUUAACUACAAAAGUGUUUGUAGAGAUUGGCUUACCAAGAAAGCGAACUUAUGAGCAUACUGAACUGGAGCUGGAACUCUGGCAAUUCCAUUCCAGUUAUAGUACAUACGUAUCAUUUACUAGGCGGUGGAUUUUAUCUGGAUCCAGGCCUAACGUGUCAUGUAUCACAUUAUAACUUGUAGAACUCCGGUUAACAAACAGAGACAAUAAAGAAGUCAUACUGUUCAGGCAACGUUAUGACAUCUACAACUGAUCCUGGUGGUGGAUUCUGCAAAUUGUUAAAAAGUCUUGUGUUGAUCUUCUUGGUUACAAGGACAACUGCUACCUUUACUGAUCCUCCAUAAAUUGGAUAUAAAUUUUAUGUAGCAAUUAGCUAUUUUUCAUGUAUCAUUGUCAAUUUUGUGGAUUACAUGCGAAAUUCACUUGUCAACUCUGGACGUGUAAUCAAGCAUUUACUGUACACAAAAAAUAUACUGAAAGAUUUGCAUGCAUUAUAAAUUAAAUUGAGAGUUUAAUGCAUAAAGUUAUAAUAAUAAUAUUUUUAUGUCUAUACAAAACGGUACACAUUCCGGUGCCAAAACCCAAUACUUAUUACAUAUACUUAAUACGUAUUAUAUUUCAAAUACGAUCAGUUUAAUGAAUUAAAUGUUAUCAAAACAUGAUUUGUGGCGGUAAGCGAUAUUGUAUUUUAAAAAUUUAACUCUGCAACUUAUAAGCUGUAUUAAUUGUCGAUUUUACUCAUUGUUGUAUUACUUUAUUAACCUGCUCAAUGUUAGUUUCUUUAUUCACACAAAAUGGAAAUGUGUUUACCGCAAAAGUUAAUGUAUUAUAAUACCUGGUAUUGUAUGUCUACUGUCUUUAUUAGACAAACACUAUGGUAAGAUCAUGUAAGUUAGUACAACAAUUCAGUGUGUAAAAAUGAUUUAUUAUGUAAAUAUAAUGUAUUCCUAAAAACUUUACAAGAAAAUUGUUAAACUAUGUGUAUUUAACCCUGGAGAAAAUAAUUCUGACAUUCAUCUUUUUGCUGUGUGUUGAGGUGUAAUUUAGAAAAUAUAGAGGUCUUGGUUGUUAACAUUUUGAAAUUUGCACAAUAGUUUCUUACAUUCACCUGUUUGUAUAGCUAUAUUUUAUAUAUUACUACUUAGUACAUUGAAGAGGAAAGACAUAAUGACAAUGAUAUAUAACAUGAUUAGCAAAAAAAUAAAUAAACAAGAAUAUCUUGCUACGAUAUUGAGAUAUAUUCUACAGAGUAAGGUUUAGAUAUUGAGAUACCUCUCCUACAGGAAACAAUCCCUCCAUCUGUUGUGGUACUCUCCUGCAAGGCAUGGUUUCCACAUAUGGAAAUAAAUCUAUAGAGUACAGUCACUGAGAUGUUGGAGUUGAAGUAUCUCGUUUACAGAGUAAGCAUUUCCCCCAGAUGUUGAAACACCUUUCCUAUAUAGUAAGUCUUCUCCAGAUGUGGAAGUAUGGCUUUAGCGUCCAAAUAUCUGUAUUCAUCACAGGUCCGUGGCAGGAUCUAUUCCCGGCCUCAUCGAGUCUGCUCUUACUUGAUCUUCCCACACAAUUUUUUGUCUUCCUUGUGGUCUUUUGCCCAGUCUUCCUAAUGCUUGUGUCGUUUCCCAUUCUUCUGACAUGGCCCAGCUUUUCCUAUUUUUCUGACAUGACCCAGACAUCUCAACCUUUUUUGCUUCAUCAGAGCAACUGGGUCUAGUUUUUGUAUUGAGUUAGCAAACAUAUCAACCUCCACCUCCUUACUUGACCUUAUUUCCCCAUUUGUCAGUACCCUUUAAUCUUAUUAUUUUUGAAGAUUAUAUCCCUCAGCUUUGUGUUUAACAUGUCGCUCUUUUGUAAAUUUAUUUGUUCCCUGUAAAUCGUAUCCUCUGUUUUUGUACUGAGAAGUAUUUUAGACAUGUUAUUAGAAAGGUCUACAGUUGGAAUGUAUUAAGUAGAAAAAAUACUAUUGAAACAAUUCAGACAGUUCUGCAAAAAUUAUAAAUUAUGAAAUAAUAUUAAAGCAGUAUAUGCAUAUUUCUAACCGAAAACUUAGCAAAUAUAUCAUUAUUAUAACAAUUGUGUUCUGUUUAUUCCAAGAAUAUUUCAUGUAUUCUUGUAGAUGCUGUAUUAGUUACCAAACUUGACUUAUUCUUCAUUUUGGAGGCGGAGAAACUAUUUAUUUGUAUACGUAAACUUGAAAACGAAAUGAAAGGUUGUAUGAAAUGUGGUAACCAAAAGGUUUAAUUCAUAUUUCUGUACAUAGAUUAGCAAGUGUGUUUUUAGUAUAAUGUACUGUAGUGUAUUUCACUGAAAUAACAAUAGUAAAAUGUUUUAUACAAUACUUUAUUUAGUUCAAUGGUAAUAGAAUCUAUAGUUUCUGUUAUGAGCCUUUAUAGAAAUAGCAUUAAUUUAGUUUUCUUUAUUCCUAAAAUUCAAUUUUAUGUUUAUAAAGCAGUGAAACCAUUGUCCCCUUUCCCCAAUAUUAUAUAUAACAAAAAUUAUAGCAUGUAAUGUAUACCUGUUUGUUAAAAUAAUUUGAAUUUAAUACUUAUAUAUCAUCUAGAUUCAUAUCAUUACAAUAAGCUGAUAACUGCAAUGAAUGUAUGACAUGUUAAUAUUUAAAUUUAAUACUAAUAGCGUAAACGAUUUUCACAAAGAGUUAUAGUGUAAAAUGGCUAUCUAUAAAUUUUUCCAAUAAAAAUUGUUUUAAAACAGAAUUAUAAGCCUCAUAUGUAAGCUUUAAAGUACAAAUUUCCUACCUUUUUACACAUUAACCAAAAAUAAGAUGAACUUUGUAUUUCAUUUAUUUAUCGCAAAAGUAUUUAGGUUAUGUUUUGUAUAUUACAUGUCAUUCCUGAAUAAUACAUAUUUUUCUGUACAUAAAUUAAUUUAAUAUUUAUUUUUUAAAUUUUUGGAUCUCAUAAAUUGAAAAAUUAUAACUUUUGACUUGUCUGCAUGUUAUUAUGUGAACUUAAAUUUUGUUCCAAAUCCAUUGGACAGUUCAGUUUUCCAGUAAUUCUUGCAAUAUUUACGUGCAAUUUUUUCUUGAUUGUUCUCUGUAUUUUGGAGCUUUUAUGUUAUACUCAGUUUAUUAAUCCAAAAACUGCUUGAUUAGAUCAAGACAAGAACAUUUUUUAUGGCUCAAACAAUGUUAGUUAAAUAUCAGUGAUGUCGUAACAUCAGUUUUGACAGAUAAAACGGCGCAAAUCACGUCUUUUAUUAGUUAAAAAGGUGAAAUAUAGUGUAGAUAAAUACUAAGAAGGUUGAAUAAUUGUAUUUAGUAUUAUUUGUUGUAACUACGUAAUAGUGAUCUAACUGCAGUACUUAUCUUGAAAGUUAAUUUUCCAUGAAUUCUCAAGUAACCCAGUAAUGUGAUAUUUUGAUAGUUUCAUGUCCUCCAUGUCUUCACUAAUAUAACACUGUUGUAAUAACCCCUCAUAGUAACCAAACAUGAUUCCUGUGGGUUGUAUGUAAAUUUUGAAGUUUUAAACAUAAUUGAACUCUAUGUUUACUAAAAGUGUAUUAACAUUUAAAAAUUAUUUACUAAUUCGAUGUUAGUAUUUGUAUGUUAACCUUGGAAUAGUUGUUUGUAAAACGGCAUAAAAACUUCUGAUAAAAUCAAUUUUAAAAUUUA